AUGGCCGCCGCGAUGGCGGCAGUGGCUCUUGUCGGCAGCGUCCGGGCCACCGAGAACCCCCUGCCGCCUUGCUUGGACCCCUUCCAACCGUUCGUCUACUCGGGCUGCUUCAGCGAGGCGAGCGGCAACCAGCUCCUGCCGUACCGCAGCCACAGCGCGAGCGACGACAUGACGGUCGAGAAGUGCGUGGCCGAGUGCAAGGGUAACGGCUACCGCUACGCCGGCCUGGUCUACUACGGCGUGUGCUACUGCGGCCAGACGGUCAACGGCCCGAAGGUCGACGAGGCCCAGUGCAACCUCCCGUGCAACGGCAACAGCACCGAGACGUGCGGCGGCAACGGCAUCUUCUCGGUCUACCAGGACCCGACCUUCUUGCCCGUCGAGGACGUGACCAUCGAGGACUACCACCCCCUUGGCUGCUGGUCCGACGACUCGAGCAUGGGACGCGCCCUGGUCUACCGCCAGGACAAGGUGGACGGUGCGUCGCUGACGACCGAGAAGUGCCUGCAGGCCUGCCGGGACGGCGGGUUCCCGUUUGCGGGCACCGAGUUCGGCGGAGAGUGCUACUGCGGCGUUGUCAUCGGCAACGGCACGGCUGCGGCCCCUGCUGGCGACUGCAACAUCCCUUGCAACGGCGACUCGUCUCAGACCUGCGGUGGCCGCUCCCGGCUGAACCUGUUCGUUGCCCAUGAGCUGCAGUCGCUUGAGCCGUGCGGCUACGAGCCGCCCGUGUCGAGCAGCACCACGCUCCCUCCGUCGUCGACCACCUCGGUAUCUUCUUCUACCUCUUCUUCCUCUUCCUCCUCGUCGAGCUACCCCCCCAUCACAUCGACGACGACCACAUCAACCACGUCCAAGACACCGACCACGACAACCAGCAGCUCCGCCUGCGUGAGCACCACCGUUGUGCCGCCCACGUGCGAGUGGAAGUGUGGCAAGUGGUGCUCGUCCCCUCUGCCGGACUGGGACGAUGACAAGAGCUGCAAGGGCGCCUGGUCCAACUGCGCGCUGCAGGUCGCCUCCUGCUUCAAGCACGCUGGCUGGCCCGACGUGGUCGACUGCUUCGACUUUGGCGACUGGUGUGCCGACAUCUCCAAGUACUGCAACAGCAAGCCCCCCUCGGGCGGUUGCCGCAAGGCCGACUUCUUCGGCAAGAAGCCGCCCAAGGGCAACAAGCCGCCGCAGCCGACGACCAUCACCGUCACCACGACGUGCAAGCCAACGUCGACCAAGCCCCCUACUACUACCACCCCGACCACUUCCUCUACUACCAAGUGCCCCGUCCCGACGCCGACCAACAUCUGCACCCAACCAUCCAACCCAUACUACGGUUACGGGCCGGGCAAGCCGGUGGGGGGCAUCGAGAUGCCGGUGGUAACCUGCAACGACCUGGCCGACGACUGGCCGGCUUAUCCCUUCAAGCAGUACACGGACCCGGACAGCCGCAAGUGCAAGAAGUACCCCCGCCCAGGGUGCGCCAACGCCUGCGCCGAUGCGUGCAAGGAGCAGUACGAGGACUGCCUCGAUGUGUACGCGCAGGGCUGCAAGACCAGGCCCAACCGCGGGCGGAACUAUUUCGAGGCUGUGGAGAAGCGGACGUUCCGGUGGAAUGACUCGUGGGAGUCGGCUGUGGGCAAAUGCAAGGCGCAGUAUGCCGAUUGCUUGAAGGUUAACAAGGGCGUUACUGGGGCCAGGAAGUGUCCUAAGUUUGGAGAGUGGUAA